CGGCUGUGGGCAGACUCGGGAACGGACGACAUCGGCCUCGGGUUGGCUUCUCCGGUGAGGCACAGGAGCUUUCUCCGCCAAAGCAUACUCUCCCCUCUGACUCUCCGGCUUUCCUCCACGACAUCGCUGGUCUGGUCCAUUGUAUCUGGCAUUGGACUUGUCUAUACCUCGGUGAACGUUCAAAAUGGCCAGCGCCCUGCGGAUCUUGGUCCCUGUCAAGAGGGUGAUCGACUAUACGGUCAAACCUCCAAUCAACAAGGCAAAGACGGGCGUCGAGACAGCCGGCGUGAAGCACUCUCUCAACCCAUUCGAUGAGCUCUCUAUCGAAGAGGCCGUUCGCAUCCGCGAGCGCAAGGGCCCUCUGAAGGUCGACAACAUCCUCGCGCUCUCUGCGGGCCCUGCCAAAGCCGCAGACACCCUCCGCACGGCCAUGGCCUUGGGCGCCGACCGAGCCUUCCACAUCGACGUGCCCGAGUCCAACGACGGCGGCCUGGAGCCGCUGACUGUCGCGAAGCUGCUGAAGAGCGUCGUGGAGAAGGAGAACAUCAAUCUCGUCCUGCUGGGCAAGCAGGCCAUCGACAGCGACCAGGGCCAGACGGGCCAGAUGCUGGCUGGUCUGCUCAACUGGCCGCAGGCGACGCAGGCCAGCAAGGUUGACAUCAAGGACGACAGUGGCACCAUCGAAGUCACCCGCGAAGUCGACGGUGGUGUUGAGACCCUCCGCACGAAGCUGCCCAUGGUCAUUACGACGGAUCUGCGCCUGAACGAGCCGCGUUACGCCAGCUUGCCUAACAUCAUGAAGGCGAAGAAGAAGCCGUUGGAGAAGAAGACUCUGGCGGACUUUGGUAUUGAGAAUAAGAGGCGUUUGAAGACGUUGAAGGUUACCGAGCCCCCACCACGACAGGGUGGAGGCAAGGUCGAGGAUGUCGACGGUCUCGUCUCUAAGCUCAAGGAGCUGGGCGCUCUGUGAGCUGUGAGCAAGUAGAUGUUUCAAGGCUUGUUUUUGUUGUCGUUGUUGUUGAUCUAUUAUAUUGAAAUGUGCCGCUGCGUUGCGUUUUAUAGCCCCGUAUGAUUUGGGUCUACGAGCUUUUUGUCCCUAGACGAUUUUUGAGGAUAAAAACGAAAGUCAAUGAUAAUUUGAUUGUUUCCGGAACAUUAGUGAAUAAUGUACGGUAGCUCUGGGAGAGUACUUUCUCCACCUAGUUUCUAGGAAAACUAACGUGAUCUAAUCUAAGCAAAGUAAUACUCUAAAGUUCAAGAUC